CACGCGCAGGUAGGUACUAGAUAGAUAGGCUCGUACCAUACCACGGCUGGGAUAGAUCCCGUCCACCUCCUCUCGCCUCUGUCUCCUCCUUCCUAUCUCGCUCGCUGUCCUCCCCCUUCCGCUGCGCCGCGCGCCGGCUGGACCGCAUCGCCAUCACACAUCUCCGCGGCGCGUGCGACAGGGGCACGCUGGAAAAGGGGAGGGGGAUCGAGGUGGAGGCCGGAGGCCGGAGGAGGAGCGGGGGCGGCGCAGCGAGGAGGUAUCUACUGCUAGUGCUAGCUUUAUAUGGAGUUUGCUACAACGAGUAGUAGGUUUUCUAAGGGAGAGGAGGAAGAGGAGGAGGGAGAGCAGGAGAUGGAGAUGGAGCAGGAGCAGGAUGAAGAGGAGGAUGAGGUGGAGGCGGAGGCGGAGGCCUCCCCGCGGGAGAUCCCCUUCAUGACGGCGGCGGCGGCGGCCACCGCCUCGUCAUCCUCCCCGACGUCGGUCUCUCCCUCUUCCGCGGCGGCGUCCACGUCGGCCUCGGGCUCUCCCUUCCGGUCGAGCGACGGUGCGGGAGCGUCGGGGAGCGGGGGCGGCGGCGGUGGCAACGACGUGGAGGUGAUCGAGAAGGAGCACAUGUUCGACAAGGUGGUGACGCCGAGCGACGUGGGGAAGCUGAACCGGCUGGUGAUCCCGAAGCAGCAUGCCGAGAAGUACUUCCCGCUGGACUCGGCGGCGAACGAGAAGGGCCUUCUGCUCAGCUUCGAGGACCGAACCGGCAAGCUAUGGCGCUUCCGCUACUCCUACUGGAACAGCAGCCAGAGCUACGUCAUGACUAAGGGUUGGAGCCGCUUUGUCAAGGAGAAGCGCCUGGACGCCGGGGACACCGUCUCCUUCUGCCGCGGUGCUGCCGAGGCAACACGUGACCGCCUCUUCAUCGACUGGAAGCGCCGGGCCGACGUCCGCGACCCGCACCGCUUCCCGCGCCUACCGCUCCCCAUGACCGCCGCCUCGCCCUACGGCCCGUGGGGCGGCGGCGCGGGCGCCUUCUUCAUGCCGCCCGCGCCGCCCGCCACGCUCUACGAGCAUCACCGCCUUCGACAGGGCUUCGACUUCCGCAACGUCAACUCCGCUGUUCCGGCGAGGCAGCUCGUCUUCUUCGGCUCCCCGGGGAUUCCUCCGCACCCGCCCUUGCCGCCGCCGCCUCCACCACUUCACUUUACGGUGCAACCGAGCCCCGUAGUGACUUCCGGCCUGCCCAUGGUUCUCGAUUCGGUGCCGCACGUCAACAACCCCGCGGCGGCAGCGAAGCGCGUGCGGCUGUUCGGAGUCAACCUCGAUAACCCACAUCCGGACGGCGGCCAGUCGAGCGGCCACGGCCAAGACGCCAAUGCAUUGUCGCUACGGAUGCCCGGAUGGCAAAGGCCUGCACCAUUGAGGUCGCAGGAAUUGCCACCACACUUCUCGGCUGGUGCAGCUGGAGCGGAGUCCUCUGCCGCUUCGUCACCGUCGUCGUCGUCGUCGUCCAAAAGAGAAGCGCAUUCCUCGUUGGAUCUCGAUCUGUGAAGGAGAGAUCAAGCCACUGGCCUCGAUCGAUCGGGAGCGUACCAAAGGAAAGUUCAAUAAUCUUUUCUUCCGUCUGCUGCCUUCUUCUACUUCUCCACCUUUUGCAAUUCUCCAUUAUAACUUUGAUCAUAGAGCUAGCACUUAACUUUUGUUUUCCUUUUUGUUUUUGGCCAUUCACAUUCUUGUGUUUGUUUGAGAAUAUAUAGAGAAAAAUUAGGUGAAUUAAUGAAUUAUUAAUGCUUCCAUUUGGGUUUAGA